AUGACAUUCCUAGAGAAUACUGGAGGGCAGAGCUUAAUAAAUGAGCAGAAACCCGUUGUCAUCCUGCCUGGAAAUCCAGUCGACAGUCCCACCACAGAAGAUCCCGCUGUCGAGCAAGAAUAUAUAUCUUCCUGUGUAUCGGACGACGAUAUAGAACAAGAGCCAGCAGAGGAUCUGAACGAUGUCACAAAACGUCGAAGAGCGCAAAAUGCUUCGUUCGAGGCCCUGCUUUCCAAGCGCGCUGAUACGGGCCCCGUGACGAAGAAAACCGCAUGCGAAGAUAUUCCCGAUGCUGAGCUUUCUACAGCACAUCUGGUGGCGAGGCGGGAUCUAGGACACGGGACGUUAGACCCUCGGGAAUACCAACUGGAGCUUUUUGAAAGGGCUAAGGUGCAAAACACUAUUGCGGUUCUCGAUACGGGAUCUGGAAAGACAUUGAUUGCUGUGCUGUUGCUGAAGCACGUCAUCGAGAAGGAGCUGAACGAUCGUGCUGAGGGCAAGCUCCCUAGAAUAUCAUUCUUUCUGGUCGACAGUGUCACACUUGUAUACCAGCAGGGUGCUGUACUGCGCAACAACAUCGACCAGAAUAUUGGACAGUUCUUCGGUGCCAUGGGAGCAGACCUAUGGAGCAAGCAGACCUGGGACGAGCACUUCAGCGCAAAUAUGGUUAUUGUAUGCACGGCAGAUAUUCUGAACCAAUGUCUCUUGAAUUCGUAUGUGAGGAUGGAUCAGAUUAAUUUGUUGAUCUUCGACGAGGCACAUCACACCAAGAAGAAUCACGCUUAUGCGCGGAUUAUUCGUGAUUCCUAUCUCAAAGAAUCCCCGCCCAAGCGCCCGAGAGUAUUUGGAAUGACCGCAUCGCCGAUUGAUGCUCGAGGUGAUAUUGUAGAUGCGGCUGCAAAGCUAGAGACGCUGCUAGACAGCCAGAUUGCAACAACCUCGAACCUGACCCUCCUACGACAAUUCAUCAAACGUCCAACAGAGAGGGAAUGGGCAUACGAUCGACUAGAAGCACCAUUCGGAACCGGUUUGUACAAAACCAUGAAAGACCGGUUUGGUGACAUUGCCUCGUUGGAGUCCGUCUUCAGGUUUGCAUGGAACGCCAGUUCCGAGUUGGGCAAAUGGUGUUCCGAUCGGGUAUGGGCUCAUGCUUUAGCAGAAGAUGUGCUGCCAAAGCUUGAAGGUCAAGUGAGCAAGGUCAUCAAUGACGAGAGCUCUAGCAGAGUCCCCGAAAGUGCAUACAAAGAAAUUGAACGGAUAAAGGAGGCCAGCGGCAUUGUCAGGAACCAUACCUUUGACAGCCCCGAUGCCCUCGGCUCACUCAGCUCUAAAGUGCAGCUCUUGCAUAGAGAACUUCGCAAGCAGUUUGAAUAUCCCACAGAAACCAAAUGCAUUGUCUUUACCGACAUGCGGUACACGGCCAGGAUAUUGUUUGAGCUAUUCACCGAGUUGAACAUUCCAUACAUGCGUCCCGGUGUGCUGGUUGGCGUUCGAUCUGGUGAUCUCACCGGAAUGAACAUAACCUUCCGUCAACAGUUUAUUGCCCUGGUCAAGUUCCGAAAAGGAGAAAUAAAUUGCUUGUUUGCCACUUCGGUAGCUGAAGAGGGACUGGAUAUUCCAGACUGUAACUUGGUUGUCAGGUUUGAUUUAUAUCAUACCCUCAUUCAGUAUGUACAGAGCCGAGGCCGUGCGCGACAUUCUGACUCAACCUAUGCCACCAUGGUCGAAAAGGAUAACUUUGAACAUCGAGAGCGGCUUGUGGAAGUUCGGAAUGCUGAGCAAAUAAUGCAGAGCUUUUGUGAAGCCUUGCCAGAAGAUCGUCUGUUGAACGGCGGCGAGCAUGACUUAGAAGCGAUUCUUCAACAUGAGGAAGGCAAACGAACAUACAAGAUUGCGUCCACAGGAGCAACGCUAACGUACCAUUCGGCAAUGGCUAUUCUUGCACGCUAUGCCAGCUCUUUGCAAUACGAGAAAGAGUCGCUGACCCAGGUUACAUACGUUACUCUUCCCAUCAACAAUACCUAUGUCUGUGAAGUCAUUCUACCAGAGAAGUCGCCCAUUCGAGGCAUAACUGGAAAUCCGGCGAUGAAAAAGUCAAGCGCAAAGCAGUGCGCAGCCUUUGACGCCUGUCUUCUGCUACGAAAGCAUAAGCUGCUCGAUGAUCAUUUCAAUUCGGUCUAUCAUAGACGGCUACCUGCUAUGCGGAAUGCAAAACUAGCCAUCACGUCGAAGCAUACAAAUCAAUAUGACAUGAUAUCAAAGCCGUCUUUUUGGGAUAUCCCGGAGAAAACCUUGCCAACCAGGCUCUAUGCGAUUCUCAUCUCGUUCAAACCUUCAGAGCCGCUCUCAAGAGAACACGGUGAUAUAAUCCUGCUUACUCGAGAAAGACUCCCAGAGUGUCCGUCAUUCUCCAUAUUCCUUGACGAGGAUGUGGAAACCAACAUCUGCUCAACAGAUGUGCUGAACAAAUUGGAAGUCUCCAAUGAUGAGCUGGACUGCUUGACUGACUUCACGCUCCGCGUCUUUCGCGAUGUGUUUCACAAAGUCUAUACCAAGGAGCCCGAAAAGAUUCCAUACUGGUUUGCCCCUGCAGUCCAGUCGACUGAACUUGACAACUCUAGCCCACCUCGAGGUUUGGUUGAUUGGGAAACGCUAUCCUUCGUCCGCAAAAACGAGGAGAUACAAUUCACUACUGACCUAGACCCGAAGUCAUUGGUCAACCGACUCGUCUACGAUCCCUGGGAUGGUAGAUUCCGACUCUUCACGGGUGAAGUGGACGAUACGCUGCGCCCCUCAGACUCUCCACCGGACUGGGUGCAUCGUCGGAGGCACAUGGACAAUAUCAUGAGUUACUGCGUUAGCCUUUCGAAGAACUCCCGUGCCAGGUUCUUCGCGAAAGCCAAUUGGAAUCAACCAGUUUUUCACGCUGAAUUGGUUCGUCUUCGGAGAAAUCUGUUGGACAGAAUGGUGGAGCAGGAACGAGAAGUAGAGACCCGAAGCGUCGUCUGCCUAGAAGCUCUGAGAAUAUCUGCGAUCCCAACCUCACUUGUUACUUCAUUCCUCACAUUCCCCGCAAUCGUUAGCAGAAUAGAUUCCCAUCUGAUUACCCUCGACGCGUGUAAAACCCUGGACUUGGCUGUCCAUCCCGAGUUUGCCCUCGAAGCAUUCACGAAAAAUUCCGACAACACCGAAGAACACAAGGGCCAGCAAAUCCACUUCCAGCGUGGCAUGGGCAAGAACUAUGAGCGUCUCGAAUUCUUGGGCGAUUGUUUCCUCAAGAUGGCGACUUCCAUUGCCUUGUUUACGCAGAACCCAGACGACGAUGAGUAUGAUUAUCACGUCAACCGGAUGUGUCUCAUCUGCAACAAGAACCUGUUCAAUGUCGCCAUCAAAAAGAAGCUUCACAUGUACAUUCGGAGCCGUGGAUUCUCCAGACAUACAUGGUACCCGGUAGGCCUUACGCUGCAAAAGGGUAAAGAUCACAGCAAGAAGGUUAGUUCGGAAAGUAAACACGCACUGGGAGAGAAGACAAUAGCCGAUGUGUGCGAAGCGUUAAUAGGUGCAUCUCUACUCUCGGGCGCCCCAGACCACCGGUUCGACAUGGCUGUGAAAGCAGUCAGCGCGCUAGUUGACAGUGAUAACCACACAGCAACAAAAUGGAAAGAUUACUUCAGCCACUACUCUCUUCCUCGAUAUCAGACUAUGAGAGCAGACGGGUUUGAAAUUGACCUCGCCAAGAAAGUCGGAGAGAAAUUGGGUUAUCAAUUUCGUUAUCCCCGACUCUUGCGAUCUGCAUUUACUCACCCUUCGUACCCUUCUGCGUGGGCUAAGGUGCCAUGUUACCAGCGACUGGAGUUCUUGGGUGACUCGUUGCUGGAUAUGGUUUGUGUCGAGGAUCUGUAUGCGAGGUUUCCAGAUAAAGAUCCCCAGUGGCUCACAGAGCACAAGAUGGCAAUGGUAUCCAACAAGUUCCUUGGUGCUCUUUCAGUGCGACUCCAACUCCACACGCACCUACGACAUUUCAGCAACCCGUUGCAGUCCCAGAUCACCCAUUAUGCCGAGGAGAUUCAGACCGUAGAGGCUGAGAGCGAAGGUGCCGUGGAUUACUGGGUUGGCACUAAAGAUCCGCCGAAGUGCUUGUCUGACAUGGUCGAAUCAUACCUUGGAGCGGUGUUUGUCGAUUCGGAGUUCAACUUCGAAAUGAUCGCAUCAUUCUUCAACAAAUAUAUCAAGCCAUUCUUCCAUGACAUGUCCAUCUACGAUACUUUCGCAAACAAGCAUCCCACUACGUAUCUGCACAACAGACUCACAAACGAAUAUGGAUGUGCCAACUACUGCCUCAAAGCGGGUGAAUUCCCGGGAGUCGAUGGAACCCCAGCUAGUGUCCUUGCCGCUGUAAUCGUACAUGAUGCCGUCAUUGGCGAAGGAAUGGCAUCUUCUGGUCGCUACGCUAAAAUUAAAGCAAGUGAGAAAGCUCUGGCUUUGCUUGAAGAGAUAUCUCCCACAGAGUUUCGCGAGAAGUACCAGUGCGACUGCCGCGAGGCCAAGGAUGCCCAGGAUAAUAUGCCGGAUGUUGGGACUGCGAUUUAG